AUGUCUUCUACGAGUGGCGAUGAUGAUCCUUCUUCUCAUCAAAUGGUCAACGCAAUGAGUAUGGGUGGAGCCGUACUUGAUGACGUGAGUAGACAUUCACAACAAGUGUCAUCAUCAUCACCUCGCGUCGUCCAUCAUGAUGGUAAUGAAAAGAGUCUUGAUCUGAAUGAUGAACGAUUAUUGAACACAAACGCUCAACUCUCAUCGACGAGUCAAGGACAAAACAUAACCUCCGUGGAUGAUGAUACGCUGAAUGCCAGCACAACAAUCUCCAACAAUGAACAACAGGUUGAGCAACAACAAUUACAACAAAACCGCACACCUCUCUCGAACACACAUUCCAUCAUGAACGAUUUACAACCAACUCUCCAAUCCACCACUGCCACAACAGCAACAACAACAGAAACUACUACAACAACACCUCAACAACAACAAAGGAAUGGUAUCAUCAUUUUGAAUCCUUUUCAUCUCGUCCAUGAUGUCAAUGAAUUUCCAAUUAACAAUCGAUAUCACAAAGAUCUAAGACCUUUUCUAGAACGCUAUGAAGAACAACCUCACAGAGUGAGAUCCAUCGAUCAUGAAAAUGUAAACAUGAUUUUGGGUGAUUGGACCGUAUUAACCAUGGAUGAUUUUUCACAAUCAAAUUAUCAUCAAGUCGCUCCACCACAUUUGUAUUUCAAUCAUCAUGUGGCACAUGAAUCAUCAGUCAUGCAAUCUCCCAAAUCAUCCUCGAAUAGUCAUGUAUCUGAAACAACAAACUCUAAGAAUUUACCUGUAACAUUUUCUCCGCAACAACAACAACAACAACAACAACACGAACAACAUUUAAUGAUGAUUGGAAAUCCACAUUUAAGACCAAAACAACUUGAAGAGCCACUUCCUCUCUCCACUCAUACCACCAUGAAUGGAGGAGCACUGAAUAUUACUUCUUCAUUGAAUGACCAUAAUGAUUCAAGCCUUCACAGUACACAGCAAGAACGAACUACCAACCAAUGGUCUACUCCUCUUCCGGCUCAUACGGGGGGAUCUAAUACCACCACGACCACGACCACCACCACCACCAUUCGUACCAUUGACAAUUUCAACACUUCAUCCAUUCCACCUUCUUCUUCGCAUUAUAAUGGAACCUCAACAGAAAUAGCACAGAGACAUCAUGAUCGCUCAACUCAUGGAACAACAUCUCCAACCAAUGUUCUCUCCUCUAAUGAAUUGACCUAUUCCGAAGAAGAUUUAGAUGAAUUUGAAGAAGAGAGUGAUCUUUCAUCCAUCAAUGAAAUGACCCACACAGAUUCAUUGGCAUCACCAACCACAGCAGCAGCAACAACCUCAACAGGUGCGAAUACUACUACUACUAGUACUACUACUACCACUAAUACUAAAAAACAUCAACCAGGUGGUAAUUUACUCAUGAAUGCAGUGAUCAAUAAUCAAAAACAACAAACUAAAAAGAAUACCAUUGCUUCCUUGUCAUCUUCGAAUGGAUCUCUCAAUGGUAAUAGCAGUGCUGGUCAUAUAGGUGGUGGUAAUAUUGGUAAUAUUGGAACAACAACAACGACAACAGAUUCACACUAUUUACAUCAAAUUCCAGCCAUGAACUUGUCUGGUAUUGCAACAGCAGCAACAACAACAACAACAGAUCAUUUUAACACAUCCAUUCAAAGAAUGCCAAGUAGCUCAAGUAGUACCAGUGGUACUAGUAAUACUUCUCAUCUUGUGACAACACCUAAAAGAAGUUCACCAAGAAAUAAUCAAACAAGUAAUACUCCUCUGAAUAAUUUCAUUCCCAGUACUUCUGUACACAAUAAUUAUAACAAAUUUUCAUUUGGUCAUGAAAUGAUAUCACAAAAUGGAGAAUAUAAUAGUUCAAUUGGAAUUCCUCGUGUAUCUGGUGUUCAUAUCAAUAGUAACAUCAUGAUGACUAGUGGUGGCAUCAUUGGUAGUAACAUUCAUGGCAUGACAAGUACUCGUGCAACCAUAGAUGCCACUAAUGAUUAUUUAUAUAAUGAUUCGGGUGGACAUGAUGCUCUGAUUAAUGAUCCCAAUGCAAGUGAAAGUGAUGGUGGAUCUUCAAGUUCCAUCAUGAUGGUCAAUGAACAUGUGACCGAUAUUGAGAAUGAUGCUCUCUCACCUCAAACUCGGAAUAUAUUUGAACAAAUGGGUAAAUCGACCGUCAUUCAACUCUCAGGAUCGUAUCGACACCAGACCUUGUCAUUAUCAGAUUCAAAGAGAGGAUUUAAAAAGAGACUUUCAGGAGACCAUGCCACCCAUUUGAUCCACUCCUCGAGUCAUGGUGGUGGUGGUAUGAGUGGUACUGCAUCUUCUCAAUUAUCCUUCUCAGUAGUGAAUCAUCCUCAUCCAGAACGAUCGACCAUUGCCUCCUUUGAAGAAACACGUCGACAGAGUGUGUUUGGUCGAAUUGAUAGUGAUGAUGAAGAAGGUGAUGAUUAUGAUCAUCCAACAACAACUGUGAAUUCCAUGACAUUGGAUGGUACAAUGAGUACGACUGCUACAACUCCUCAUAAAGAGGAUUAUCAUACGAAUACUCAAAUGUCUCAUCUCCUUGAUCAUGGUGCACUUGAUCACAACAACAAUAAUGGCACAGUGAGUAGUAGUAAUAGUGAAAAGAAAUCUCCAAAUCAUCAGAUGUCCACCAAUUCAGGAUCUAGCUCUUCUCGUGUGAGAAGUAUUGGACAACUUUCAGACAUUCAAAACAAAGCCAAACAAGGAAAUCGUUCAAGUUUCUUUGAUUUUAUUCGAAAGAAACCUAAAAAAUCCAAUGAAGAGGACAGCACGGGAGAAGUGGUUGCUGUUGUUGAAGAAAAGAAAGAAAAGAUGGAUAUGAUUGCAGGUGAAUCGGUUUCACAACUUCAUGAACAAUUAUAUGGAAAGAAAAAGACCAAGAAAGUCAGUAUUUUCACAAAACUCAAAGCCAAAGGCAUUCGUCCAAAGGAUUUGAAACGUAUUGAAGGAUUUCGUUCGACAGAAACAUCCAUGACACACUACGAAUUGGAAGAUGUGAAUCGAGUAAUUUCAUAUUAUCAUAAUACCUAUUUCUGGAAUGGAGGUGCUGAAAUUGAAAGAUGUAAUCGAAUGAGAAAAGUUCCUCCUCUCUACAAUAACAUUAGCAAAUUGAUGUAUCUCAUCUUUGAGUUUGAGGAAUUUACAUUAUCCAAAUUUGGACUAUUAGAACCAUUCUUUUGCAAAGUGGCGCUUUAUGAUGUGAGAAAUGAUACAAAAUUGACCGAAGAUUUUUGUUUCUUUAUUGAACCAAGUAAUCAUGGUGCAAGUAGUAGUAGUAGUGGAAGUGGUAGUAGUAGUGGUAUUGGCAGUAGCAGUAGCAAUAUUGCCUCUAAUACUUCUACUCGAUCUCAACACAACAACAACAACACAACCAUUGGCUACUCAUUUACAAAACUUGGUAAAUCCACACAACGUCACAUCAAAGCAGUGAACAAGAAACAAAACUUUGACAAGCCCUCUGCCUUAUUCGUAUUUGAGAAACCAAAUCAUACCGAUGUCUAUAUUGCGUUCACAAUUGAAAAGAUUUAUUGUGGAUCUUAUAUUGAAGAUGCUUGGAAGGCCUACAAGAGUGGAAAUGAAAAGGCAACUAAAAAGUACAUUUCACUGAUGGAAGAAUAUUGGAAAGCCAGCAUGCUUCGUCAACCAUUUAUGGUAUUUGGCCAAAAACUCUUUUAUGAAGGCAAGAAUGAGAAUCAUUCUCAUUCUUCAGUUGUUGAAGUAGUUGAAGGACAAGUCAAGAUCAAUAAGGCAUAUCGAAUUCCCACUCAUUCCAACCAUCCUUUUGAUACUCUCACCUUCCUAAAAUGGUUAUCGAAUACAUCCUCCAAUCUUCCCAUUCAAGGAAGUAGUAGCAGCAGUGGAUACGACUUUCAUACAGCAUUCAAUAUGGACGAUGAUAAGAAUAAUAUGCCUAUCAAAUUCCUAUUCCAAACGAAUACUGCCACUCGAGAUAAGCUUGCCUCUUACUUGCAUGCCUUUUCGACAAGAAAAUCAAAAACAUCUUCACAAUCUCAUCACGCAAGUCUUCGAUUAACAACUACGGAUUUGAGCAUGUUUAUGAAUGACGAUGAUGAAAGUUCUAAAGCAGUCAUGGCUAGAUUGGACAAAUCCAAAGGAUCCUUCUCAGUCUUGGACACUUUUUACAAAUUGUUCCCAGUCGUUGAACCUUUGGAACGAAUUGUAGAUCAACAAACAAGUCCAAAUGGAUAUCAUUAUCAAAUUGAUUUCAAUUUGAGAAAUACUCUCUAUAUUUAUCCUGAUACAUGUGACUUGUCUUCACUUUCCAAAACAGGAACUGUCUAUGUGAAAGUCUCUUAUCGAAAGAAUGAUUCAGCAACAGCUACCAAGGAAUCACGUAUUGCAGAUAAUUUCAAUCCUGACAAUAGUUUUAGUUUUUAUUACACUUGUCUCACACACAAAAAGGUAACACCACAAUUUUAUGAUGAAAUUCGACUUGAAAUUCCAUCCUCUGCAAAUAUUGUCGACAAAUCUCAUGUACUUUUUGAAUUUUAUGAUAUUGAUCCUGUGAGAGGAUUAGAUAGUCGAUCUCCUCAAAAUAGUGAUAUUGAUUUAUCGAGUGAUGGAAUCACCAAUACUCAACUCAUUGGAUUUGCAUUUUUGAGAGAUGUGACCAAUCAUUGUGUCGUGAAAGAUGGUUUUCACACUCUUUCCAUUUUCAAGAGUCAAAAACUUGUCGAUAAUUAUUUGAGUGUUUAUACAGAAUUACCAAUUUCUCAUAGUUCUUUCUUUACCAUCAAAACAAAGGCAGCUACUUCAUUCUACACUCAAGAUCCCUAUACAGCAUCCUUUUUAGAUCUUUGUGAUCGAUUCUACAAAAUAUUUGAUACAUUGCAACAUCAAAAGGAUCAUCCAUCCAUCAUGAUGACACGAACGAAUGAAUUCUUUUCAAGAGCUGAAGAAUUACUUCAUCAAGCCAUGACUCAACUCGAUAAUAUUCGAGAGGCCAAUUUUGCAGAAUUGUUGAAUCAUGCUCCCAAAGUGAUGAAUGGUCUAUUGACACUUAUUUGUAAAUUAUUUUUAUUGAAACUUCAAUCACCAAUGAAAGGAUCGACGACAACAUCAACGACAACAGCAUCGACGACAACAACAUCGGGUAUGACCACAACAUGGACGAGCUCUUCAGGACAUGUCACUCUACAAAAUGAAUUCUAUGACAAUGAUCAACAAUUACUCUUCAUUACACAAGCUCGUGUGAUUGUUCCUGAACUCAUCUCUAAAGCAGUCAUGUGUUUAUUAUUCUUUUUGAAUGGAGUAGAGACAGUGACCAAUCUGGUUGGAAGAUGUAAUUAUUACAUUUCAAUUUUCAUUUCAUAUUUUGCAAGACAACAUCCAGAUAUUGAAAAACCUAUCUUUAAAAUCAUUUUGGAUGAAAUGAUUACAUUCAUUCAAAAUUGGCAAGACAUGAGAAUCAAUGAACAAUCAAAGAAGAAUCCAAAACCAAUGGAUGUGAAUGUAUUUUCACCAAAAAUUUCAGAUUUGAAUUUCAGACCCCUCUCAUCAAGUACAAAUUUCCCUAAUACUACCUUUCAAUUUUCAUCACUCUCAGAAAGACCCAAUUCCAAACAAGCAGAAUCUCUCAUUCGUGACUAUAAAGAUUUUAUCACACGAGAACGAAAGAAAUCUUCCAACUUGAAACCCUUCAAGAGCAGUAUGAGUGGUAGUUCUCUCUCCAUGAGUGGUAGUGGUGGUAGUGGUGGUGCUACUUCUUUGGGUGGUGGUGGUUUUGGUGGUUUUGGUGGUGGUACUGGCUCCACAAGUACAACUUUUGAAGAAUUCAAUCUCACUCAAACCAUUAUGAAUCAUAGUGAAUCCAAUCCCAUUCGAAAGAUUAGUGCGUUGGGUUUCACUGCUGUAGAUAUUUUGAAAUUUGGUUGGUUCUUUUUUGAUUUAAUGGUCAAGAAUGUGAUGGUAUUGAAUGAGGAUGAACCAUUUCGUAAUGCUUCUUCUCAGAAAUUUGAACCUGAAUCUCUUGUGAAGCGAUUGAAAACUCUGAUUCGAUUAGUGGCUCCUCUUCAAUUUGAAUGUUUUGAGAAGAGAUUGAAAGAUGCAAACGUGUAUACAGCUGCCACUAAUUUUAAUGUUGAUUUGGCACUGUUUUUAAAGGACAUGACUCACAUGAUCGAUUUCAAACAUGUACGAGAGAUUUUAAUGGAAUAUUUCACAGUCUUUGAAGAACGAUUGAAUCACGAGAGAACCAAAGACACUGCCAUUUUCUACAUGUUACAAUUUUUAGAGAUUUUUGUCGAGCAUGAUGACUUGUAUUUCAUCAUUCAACAGAGUGAGAAUCAAUUCCUUGUUCAAAAACUCAUCGAUUGUGUCAUUGGUGGAUUGGCUCAAAAAACCGAUGAAUUGAAAACCCUCUCUCUCAAAGUUCUCAAAAAUAAUUUAACCAAACUCGAUUUUGAUGAACGACUGCAAUCCAAACAAGAUCGUCAAUUCAUUGGAAAUUUAUACUUUGAUUUUGUAAAGCAAUUGAUUGAAAAGAAAGAAGACAUUUCCGAGUGUAUGACAUUCACAGACGAAUUGGGAGAUUUAUUUGCAUGUUUCUAUCAUAUCAUUAAGAAUGUGGAAUCAAGUCGACUCAAUGAAUACUUUUCAUCACUUGGCUCCACACAAAUUCUCUCAUUGGUCGAUAUUCUUCAAGUCACAGUCAUGCUCAUGAGUAUUCACAAUCAACCUGAAGUUCAACUUUGUUUCCAUGAAGUUUAUUUGGAACUCUUUGACAAGACCAUUGUUCAAUUGUAUUUACUUCCAAAGAGUCAACUCUAUAUGGAACGCGCCUGUAACAUUCUCAAUCAUUGUAAGGAAAAUUUAUUGAGUUUAUAUUUGAGUGGUGAAGAAGAUCAUUCCGAAGCAAAGGAAUUGAUUGAAAAGUUAACUCGAGAGACCCUCGUCUCGGAACAAGUACCAUUCAUCGGUGCUGCUGCUGCUGCUGCUGAGAAUGAGACGUAUCUCUUUUAUGAAAUCUUUGACAAGUCUCUUCACUUUUUAUUAUCCGUUCUAUUACUCUCUCCUUAUUUAGAUUCCGAACAUAAGCGAUUACUCUUUGAGAAUUAUUUACAUCCAUUCAUUCGUGAGUUUAAACCCUUCUUCUUUAUUAAUGAAUUUAUGAAAACAGGAGGAGCAGGAGGAGCAUCCGAUGAAUAUCUCACCACACUCGAUCGGCAACACCAUCGAUGGGUGGUACCCUCAAGAUUGAGUUCCAAGUUAGGAGGACUCUUGAAACCCACUACUGCAACUGCUACUACUUCUCAUUCCCAUGCACUCCUUUUGAAUCCUUCUGGAGAGAGAAAUCCAAAAUGGAAACCUCUAUUGGCAAGCAUACUCUCGUAUUGUUUCUUCCCGACCGUGAGUGAAACGCAUCACAAUGUUCGUGAAGUACUCUAUCACUUGUUAGAAGUUUAUCAAAUGGAAAAUAUUGAAUCCAUCGAUCGUUUACUAGUACGACAAGAGAGUCACAUGCAAAAGUUAUUGAGCUAUGGUGGAACACUCCAUGCUGGAGGAAAGGACACACCUCACAUGACCUUGGAAGAAUUGGAACAAUUGAAUUAUCUAAAAUUAGAAAAAUUAGUUGAAAAGUUAUUUGAAAAUGGAGCAGAUUACAAACCAUUACCAUAUCCAGAAGUAUUCUUUUAUAGUUACUUAUUCUUUACUACUCCUAAUCAAUUGUUAAUGCUCAUUCGACAAUGUCUCUUUAAAUUUGCUCAAGAUCCACACAAUGAUCAAAAGAAUGUUCAAAUUCUAAAUAUUACCUUGUCCAUCAAAUUGUGGAUUGAAAAACACUUUUCUGAUAUGAAUCCACCAUUCAUUUGUAAUUUGAUUGAAUUUUUAGAUAAUGAUUUAACUCUAGUGAUCAAACAAGUGGCAUUUGAAUGUUAUUAUUUAUUAGAACAAGUGAAAUUAACUCUUAUUAAUUGUUUACUUGGAGUUGAUAAACAAUUGAAAGAAAAAAGUGAAGAAUCAAAGAAGAAGCCAACUCCAAUCAUUCCAAGUGGAUUUUCCAAAAUGAAACUCAAUUUGAGAACAUCCAUGACAUCCAACUUUGAAUUUGCUCAAUGGAGUCCAACAGAAAUUGCACGACAACUCUCUCUCAUUGAUUUUGAAUUUUUCAAACAAGUCGAUAAUAAGGAAUUGUGUGCACCAAGUACACCACCCUCAAAAUCAGCCGCAUUUGAUUUGACAUCUGCCACAUUGACCAAUCAGAGACCUCAUCUCACUCAACUGGUUCAACGUAACAAGGAUUGUGAAACAUGGGUCAUUUCAACCAUUUUGAGAGAAAAAGAUGUAAACAAGAGAACAGAAAUUAUUUUUAAAUUCUGUCAAUUGUGUGAAGAGUUGUUGCAAUUGAAUAAUAUUUAUGGACUGUUUGCAAUUUAUCGUGGAUUGAGUCAUCAUUCAAUUUUGAGAUUGGUGAAGAGUUGGUCCAAAGAAGCGAAAAAGAUUUAUCGUCACAUUCAUGACACAUACUUUGCAAGAAAUGCCAUUGCUAAAGAGAAUUUAUCGCAGAGAAUUAAUACCUCCAAACAUCCAGUCAUUCCACCCAUUAAUAAUUACUUGAAAUCGAUUAGAGAUUGCAAUUUGGAGCCUACUUUCAGAAUUUCCAAUGGAUCUACUCUCAUCAACUUUUCUAAAUGUUGCAAGUUGGUGGAAGUACUGCAGAGCCUGAGAAAUUUCCAAGAAGUUGGUUACAACUUUGAACCCAUUCCAUAUCUCAUCAAAGCUUUAUGUGUUGACAUUUUUGAUGAAGAGUUUUUGAUUGCUGAUGACGCUGAGGCCUUGGAAUUUUCAAAUAAUUUAGAAUCCGAUUAA